AAUGAUGCUUUUGGCUGUAAGCUCCAUAGCUCAUAGGCAUGAACACCACGAUGUCUCUUUCACAUCCCCUCUUUCAGACUUCCGUCGCCCCAGCAACCGCGGCUGUACUCACCAACGCAGAGAAUAAAGUUCAGAGCAAACCAAAUAUUGUGUUUGAGGUUAAGAAAGAGAGAAUAAAAAAGAUGUUCAAUAAAGUCAACCUUUCUGUAUCAACUUAUGAUACAGCUUGGGUGGCAAUGAUCCCAUCACCUUCUUCUCCAGAAGCUCCUUUGUUUCCUCAGUCUUUGAACUGGUUAUUAGAGAAUCAACAGAAUGAUGGAUCAUGGAGUCUUCCUCAUCGUCACGAGUUGCUCACCAAAGAUUCUCUUCUAUCUACCUUGGCCUGUGUCCUUGCUCUUAAGCGAUGGGGUGUCGGCGAACAGCAAACUAAUAAAGGACUUGAAUAUAUUGAGUCAAACAUUGGUUCAGCUUACGACGGUAAACAAUAUUCUCCAAUUGGAUUUGAUAUUAUAUUCUCUUACUUGAUUGAGGAAGCCCAAAAAUUGGACCUCAAUCUUUCUCUUGGAGGGGAACGUCUAGAACCACUCAUCCAAAAGAGAGAACUGGAACUUAUAAGGGGCUGGGCUGGAAGCAAUUCAGAAGGAUGGAAAGCAUAUUUAACUUAUAUUUCAGAAGGAUUGGGAAGGUUUCAAGAUUGGGAAAUGGCUAUGAAAUAUCAAAGAAAGAAUGGGUCGUUAUUUAACUCGCCAGCUGCUACUGCAACUGCUUUUAUUCAUCUUAAUAAUACACAAUGUUUUGAUUAUCUACUUUCAUUGGUAGAUAAAUUUGGAAAUGCUGUUCCAACGUUGUAUCCUUUUGAUGUGCACGCCCGAAUCUAUAUGGUUGAUAGUCUAGAAAAAUUAGGGAUUGAUUUUCAUUUCCAAGAGGAAAUCCAGACAGUAUUGGAUCAAACAUACAGAUUGUGGCAGCAGCAGGAGGAUGAUAUAUUUUUGGAACCCACCACAUGUGCUAUGGCAUUUCGCUUACUACGCUUGCAUGGAUAUGAUAUUUCUUCAGAGGCACUAAGUCGAUUUUCAGAAGACAAAUUCUGUAACACCCUACAAGGAUAUUUGAGGGAUGUUGAUUCUGUUUUGGAGUUACAUAAGGCUUCCCAGAUUGUUCUUCAUUCCACAAAUGAUUCAGUUCUGCACGAGCUAUACUCUUGGACCAGACUCUUCCUGGACAAAUAUUGGUCCUCGUCAUCAACAACUGAUCAUAAACGUUUUAAUUAUAUUGACCAUGAGUUACCUUUUGCGGUGCGGUAUCCGCAUCAUACGUAUUUGGAUUGUAUAUUAAACCAAAGAUCUAUAAAGCAUUACAAUGUGGAUCAGAAGAGAACUCUGAAAACUUCUUACAGUUGUUUGAAUCUAGCAAAUAAGGAAUUUCUCGAGUUAGCAGUGGAGAACUUCAAUCACUGCCAAUCGGUAUUCAUGAAGAAUUCAAGCAAUAUCAGAGUCCCUUGCAUGACAAAUUUCUUUCAUUUUCCGUGGUUUAGGGAGAGUGGGAUGGACAAAUUAGAGUUUCCGAGAGCAAAAGUAGCGUAUUGCUACAUAGUAGCCCUUGUAGGAAAUGGCUCGCCUGAACUGAGCAAGGCUCGUCUAUCAUGGGCAAAGAGCGGACUCGCCUUAGGAAUUGUUGAUGAUUUCUUUGAUGUUUGGGGCUCUCAAGAGGAACAGAUCAACCUUUUACACCUCAUGGAGAAAUGGGACGUAGAUGUGAGCACAGAAUGUUGUUCUGAGACUGUUAAGAUAUUAUUCUUAGCACUGAAGGGAAUCAUUUGUGAGGUUGCAGACCAAGCAUUUAAGGUUCAAGGACGAAGUGUGUUGUGCCACGUGAUUCAGCUUUGGGCGGAAGUGUUGAGAACAUUUUCAAAGGAAGCAGAGUGGGGGAGAACCAAUCACGUGCCAACGUUGGAGGAAUAUUUGCCCAAUUCAAUAAAAUCAUUUGCUAUUGGAAUACUCAUCCCAGGACUGUAUCUUGUGGGACCUAAACUUUCGGAAGAGAUCAUUCAAAGUGCUGAGUUUAAUCAACUCUUCGAGGCCCUUAGCCUUGCUGGGCGUCUCCUCAAUGAUAUCAAUGGCUACCAAAGGGAAAAAGAACAAGGAAAGUUCAACUCAAUAACGGUUGAACUCAUGCAUGGGUCGGGGACUAUGGGUGAAGAAGAGAUCAUAGAGAAGCUGCAGAGAAUGGUGGAUGAGAAGAGAAAAGAACUGUUGAGAUUAGUUGUGAAGGAAGAAGGAAGCAUAGUGCCAAGAAAUGUGAAGCAUUUGUUUUGGAAUUGGUGCAAAUUGUUUCACCUGUUUUACAAGAAGGACGAUGUAGUGCAUGCCACCGAGCUAGCAGACGAGUUUUCCACCAUCAAUGAUCUAUUAAUGGGCAAUCCCAUUCUUCUGAAAUAAGUCAAUUUUUUCCUUUCCUUCAAGGAAACGAACUGAAUCUGAGGUCGAAUUUUAUCAAUGAACAACUUUAUUUAUGUUAUUAGGUGAUCAAUUGGAUCCCAAAAACUUUUCAGGAUAUGGGGAUACUUCUAGGCUUUUAACAAAAUACUUACAAAUUAUGGAUCAAAUUCUUAUUAAUUAAAUCAAUAUUUAUUGCUGGACUUCA